UGGUUCCUCCGGCAGCGGGAAGGCGACAAGGGGGACUGUUCCAUCAAGUAUGGGUUGGCUGACUAUCAGAUACGUCAACCUCAGUCCCUGAAUAAGGAAUGUCUCAAAGUUUCUGGUACGGUUUUAAACACUGCAGUUGAGGUAAUGGAGAAGGAGUUGUUCGUUGAGAACAUCCGAGCUCUCCUCCAUUCCCAGGCUUCUCAGCAACUGGUCAAGAGUCUCUUCUCCCACAACAUCAGAUGGAGGCACAACGCGCGAGACGGUUGGAAACCGAACAAGGCGUCAGGGAUAAAGAAAUCGCAAAAGGCGGCAGUGAACAAACUCCAUACCAGAUUUUGGAUGCCGAGGCGACAAACAUUUACAACGCAGCCUAGAAGGGCCAUGAUCACAGAGCAAGAGUCAGUCCAGAGCCCAAGGUAAGGGACAAGGCUGAGGAACGAUGGGCAGAUCGCAAGAAGCGGGGCGAGAUCAUCAAGGCCUGGGUCAAGAAGAUCGACACUAAAGAGUGUGAGGUCAGGUGGAAGGCGUAUGU